AUGGAAGAAAAAGACAAAUUGAACAUUGCCAAGUGGACAGAGAGUGACGUGAGCUCCUGGCUACGGAACAUCGGCGUGAAAGAGGUCUACGUCAAAAAGCUCUACGAUGAAGAAGUGGACGGCCACGUCCUUUGUGGCAUAAAUGAAGACUAUCUCACAAACAAAACAGGGAUGAAAUCUGGGCAAGUGUUCUUGAUCAUCAGUAACAGAGAUAAGCUCAUGCAAUCACAGAAAGGAACAAAAUUGGAUCAAUUAAAGCAGCCAUCUCCUGCAGCUGCUACUGAGACUUCAGACAGCCAGAAGGCACAGAGCGCUAAAUUGCUACAGCAAUGUCCUGCCAGUGCUAAAGAAACUAAGGACCAUAAAAAGGAUGCAGGAGAGAUAUUAACUGGCAAAAUACCUCCGGAUGAAGAAACUGAAGGCCAAUCCACAGUACCACCAGUACUUAAAAAGGACUGCAAGCCCAGGCCAUUCGGAAAAGAAGGAAUUAACUUCACUUAUGUAAAGCACAAUGUUCUUCAGCCUGAAACCGGUGUUCUGGAUCUCAUUUCUCCCUGCCACGAGUACAAGUCAUUUGAGACUGCCGCCACUUUGGAACGCACGAGGUUGCAGUCAAAGUUUGCUAACGAAUUACUCAGAUUUGGCACGGGGUGCAUGAAUAUGCGCUCAAAUGGCACAAUUCAUUUUGGAGUUAUGGACAGUAGGGGGGACACGGGCUACGUCCACGGAGAAAUAAUUGGCAUACCAGUGACAGAGAAAGACAUGUAUGUUGAUGCUCUAGACUACAUCGAGAGAUGUUGCUCAGAAUCUGAACACGUACGGCGAUGCAUACGCCCACCACAAUUCAUUGAGGUCAUAGACUUGACAGCAGAGGAUAGGAGGUAUGUUGUGGAAGUUGAUGUAGUGCCUUUAGUAAGCAUUGUGAGACACAAGGUCUAUGCUGUUCGUCUACCAAAGUUCAAUCAGAGCACUAACAAGAUCACACUUGAGAAGGACACUACCUAUUGCAGGGUGGGAGCCUCAACUAAACCAGUAGAUGACUUAGGUGAGUUUUACCGGCAACUCCCAGAGCGAGACGCUCUCAGGGAGACAGCUGAGAGUCGUCCAUGUGCUACAAUACCAGAGGCCUGCCAAGACUUGGGCAGGAAACUCACAAUGCUCAUCACAGGUGGGAGGAGAUACAUCGACAAAGGGCAGUGGUUCAUCCUAGUCACAAACAGGUUUGGCAGUGAGGACAUGAGCAACAUUGACUUUUUAAUGAACCUGAACAUCCUAUGUGUAUUUGACUUUGAUCCUGAUUCCAAUGUGUCUGGAUUCUGCCAGGAAUAUCAGAAACGUCAUGCUGCAAACUUGCACUUCCUGAAGGAUUACAUAGUGCCAAGUGGAAUGGGAAUUGAGGAAUUCCAAAAUCAAAUGCAUUUGUUUGAACAAACGAGUUGGAUCUUUUGCAACGGUCGCAAUGAUUUCAGAGGAAAGUAUCCAAGUGAUGACAUGACAUGGUUCAAAACGAAGAAGACUCAACUAAAAGAGUGUGUGUCCUUGAUCUGCAAACAAAUCCUGCCAAAAGGUACAUUCACAGUGGUCUUCCUCCUUACCUCUCCAGUGGAGGGACCUCUUCUUCACACGUACAGUGAAUUCUUUGCUGAUAUGGGGGGUCAUGAGGACAUUUUGUGCAUAUCUGAAUCUGAGGAAAACUUUGAGAAGUGGCAGAGCUUUGCAGGUGGAAGUUUCUGCGACGAAGACACAGUGACACAUUCAAGUGUUGUCGGCAUGAAAAUGAGCCACAUCAAUGCAACUCUUCAGCGCAUCCAGUCUGUGGCCUCUCGGACCACCAAGCAUCUGCCCACUUAUGUGAGAGGGGAGUGUCUCCUUGAGGCUAGAGAAGAGGAAAGGAUGUCUUCCCUCGAGAUUCUCUAUAUGGAUCACAGUGAUGAAACCACAGAGGAUUUCAUUGCAGCGGAAAAGGAAAACAUUGAGCAGCAUUUCUACCUUGGAGGUCAGGUUGACUGGUUGAACUUUUGGCUGGCAGAAAAAAAGCAUCUCGGAGAAGUCAUUCAAAGGGACGCCUAUCAUGACGUGUUUGAUCUUCUCAGUGACUGCCUGAAGAACAAUGCAGAUCAGCCACACACUCAAGGUCUCAACAUAUUUCAUCACCCAGGCAGUGGCGGCAGCACUGUUGCUCGUCAAGUCUUGUGGAACUCCCGGAGAAAGCUAAGGUGUGCCGUUGUGAAGCCAUCAUACUCUCCCAUCACAGUGUCUGAACAUGCACAUCUUCUUCGAAAAUAUGAGGAGAAAGACAUUUCAAAAUGUGUGCCAGUCCUUUUGCUUGUUGAAGAUCGUGAUGACGAGUUCUUGGAUGACUUAAAGUUUGAACUAGAGAUGGCUUCAAAAAAGCAGAGAGUUCUACAUGGAGCACUGUGCUUUAUUGUUCUCAGUUGUCAGCGAUCCUACAACCCAGAGAAAAUGUGCAAGGAGUCACCACUACACAAUGUUCAGGUUACACACAAACUGUCUGAUGAAGAGAAGCGUCAAUUCGCUAGUAAACGAAGGAUGCUUGAACAACAGUACAAGCCAGAGUUCAUCUUAACAUUUGUCCUGAUGAGUGAAGGUUUCGACCAUCAGAAGAUUGCGGAAUAUGUGGAACAUUUUGUGAAAAACCUUCUCAUGGGUAUUGAUCAUACAACUGUUGUCACUCGUCUCAUCCAUUACGUGGCCAUGUUGAACACUUAUGUGCAGAACUCCUUCCUCUCCCAGUCUCACUGUGAAGCUCUCCUUGCUCUUCCCAUGUACCUGGAGGGGUCCCGCACAGUACAGGAUGAAGUCAGGGAACAGUUCUGCCGGCGAGUCUUUGAAGAUACACUGACUGAGCCAGCCAGAUUGGUCUUGAUACACUUGAGAGAUGAAAGGACACACAUCAAAUCCAUCAGAAUGAUUCACCCCUUAGUUGCAAAAGAAAUCCUUCAGCAGCUCUUGCGUUACCAGAAAAAGGAAAGUGAUCUAGCCCUGGAGCUUCUCCGUGAUGACGUCUUGUUUCAGCACCGGUUUGGGAGGGAAGACUACAAGAGGUUUCUGCGUGCCCUCUUCAUGAAGCGUGACAGGGUCAGCAAAGGAGAUGAGGCAGACAGCUUCUUCUCCCCCCUUGUUGAGCAUGUAAGAGAUACUGAAAGUGCAACUAAGGCCAUUGAUCUGCUCACAGAGGCCUACAAGCGUUUUGACAAGGACCCUCUUUUCGCUCAACAUUUAGCUCGUCUGUACUGCAGUGAGGAGAAAUUUGAGGAUGCAGAGCGGUGGGCUGAGACAGCUGCCAGAAAAUUACCAAGCCACCCGUUUGUGCUUCACACCAAAGGGCAAGUGUAUAGGAAGUGGUUCCAAGCUAAAGUAACAGCUAUGAAAAAACAGAGGAAAACAGCUGAAAAUCUAGUAGAUGCCAUCACAACAGCAGUCAAAGCCAUGGAUUGCUUUCAGGAUGCUCAGAGAGCCGCUGUUGGGGAUGCUGAGUCGAUGAGCUAUUCAGGAUUUUUUGCUGCAGUUGAAGUUGGAUGUGGCCUGCUGAAGCUUUUCUUCACAUCCUGUGUGUUUUCUGACAAAGAAGAAUGUGAGCGAUAUCUGCUGACUGACUACAUUCCAGAGGAAGUGAGAAAACCAUGGGACAGUCUUCACAUUAAACUUAAAAGUCUGCAAAGCGUCAUCCAUAAAUCUUUGGAGUGGGUGUCAGAGGACCUGACUUUUUUCCAGACAGACACAAGCACAGAUGAGGAAGACUUAGAAGAUCCACUGAAGGAUCCAAAGAAAUGGCUGAUGAGCAAUUCUGUGAGGUACGGGAAAUACUUCAGCGGCCCUGACGACCGCACAACAUCCAACUUGCCAACCCCUCUCAUGGUGCGCAUGAAAAUUCAUCAACUGGGAGGUGGAAACAUGACGACCAUCUUCUCCCUCAUGACUUGGCAAAAUCGCAAGGACCAGGUGAAAACACUUGAGAAUAUAAUAUCGCUGUACAAACUGCUGAAGGGGAAAAUGGACCAAAUAGACACAAUCAACUACAUAAUGACUAACAUUGCUCUUGGCUGUCUGUCAUGCCAGUCGAAGGCUUUGGCAUCACUUAGAGAACUCCAAGACUUAAGUCAGAGGUUUGUUAACAACAAACAGAAAUGUCAGUCAAAAGCUCUCUUCCUGCGCACACUCCUAUUUUGGCCAGAAGAUCACGAGAGUGAAGAGGAGAAAGAGGAAAAAUACGACCUCAUUUUGUCUGCAGUGAGACAUCUGUCAAAGUGUUACCAUGACAAAAUGAAGGACAUUUCCUCGAGAAGAAGAAAAAUCUCCACACUUUUUUUCCUGGGAAGUGGAAAUGGGCUGGACAAGAUUGUCCACAAAAGCCGAGUGGGAUCCGCCACAGCCUCCCAGCCAGUGUCGGAGAAGAAAAUACGUUGGUACCAUGGUGAAGGCUGGAAGAUGCCAGAGAUUGCAAAGCAUUUGAAACGUGUUUCAGGAUGGACAGAAAAUGGAAAAGUCUAUCUGGACGGCCCGCAAAGGUCAGAGUUCACCGUCCUGGCCCACAACAUUGCCUCUGUGCCUCACAGCAAUGAAAAUGUCACUUUCUACUUGGGUUUCACAAUGAGAGGUCCAAUGGCAUACAAUGUGACUGUGACAAAGAGAUAAUUUAUGAAGUGAAAACCAUGUUGCACUGUGCCACUUUUAUGGAUUGUAUGAGAAAUGGAAAUGACAUGACACUUCCCAUGCCAGUGUAAUGUAAAUGAAAAAAAAACAUGUAUUAAUUAACCAAACAUAAAUGCAAAUACUGUAUACUGUCAAUGCCUUGUACAAAACAUUCCAAUGUCAUAUUUUUGUGCCCCCUGGGAAAACCACAAAUUGUUGAUUUGUAUAGUGAAGAUUUUUUUUACACACACCAUGCAAUCUAUAUGUAAUGUUUUCCUGAAAACGUUGAGCUUUUUUCUAUUUCACAACUCAGUAUAAACAAUUUGAAAUAAUGUACAAAGCAGUUAAACCCAAUAAUGAAUGAUUUUGAUAAUUAAUGAAGUCUAUCUUUAUCAUGUGUUUCUGGUAAUAUCAGUCACAUAGCAGUUAAAAAUAAAUGUAUACUUUUUU